AUGAAGACAGCAAGUAAGAGGCUUGCAGCACUAGCAUCAUAUGCAUUUAAUCCCACGAUUGUGUUGCUUCUUGGAGUGUUUGUGUUUUCAUAUAUGGUGCCAAAGAGCUUGCCGGAGUCAUCACUGAAGAUUAUUGAGUAUAAAUCGCAUGGAAGAUCGCAGGUGGUGUUUUUUGAGCCGAAGAUAGAUCUAUCUUCGCAAUUGCACUUUAAUCUGAAGCAGAUUUUUGUGUAUGUACGGGCUGUGUAUGGAGGGCGAAGUGACCGAGCAGAAAUUAUUUGGAGCAGGAUCUUUGAGAGGCAAAGUGAAAAGAAGGAGCUUACAAAAGUGUUUAGAAGCACAUAUGAGGUUGUGGGUAACCUGACGGAUGAUCCCACGUUUGAGCUGCGUGGGUGCUACACUCCGUAUGUUGGAAUAGUUGAAGAUGUCCUUUUCUGCAAGACUGAAGUCAAGAUAUAA